UGACUGCUUCAGUUCACUUUCGACUCAGCGCAGAUACCUUUUUUCACUCCUUUUUGACGCGUUCAUGCGACAGGUUUGUUUCUCCCCGCAGCCAUGAGGACCAAAGUCAUCUCUGUUGCCAUGGUGAUACUGUGUGUUAUGAUGGUAAAUGCAGAUGUGAAGCCACAGAAGGAUUUCAACCUGCAGAAGUUUGCAGGGACAUGGUACCGGGUGGGCCUUGCUUACGACUCUCCAGGUUUCAUCCCCUUCAGAGACAAAGUGAAGGCGUCUAUGGGCAUCAUCACCCCAAUGUCCAGCGGCAACGUGAACCUCACAAUGUGGGAACUCACACCUUUCGGCUGUAUUACUAAAAUGUACAAGUAUAACAAGACCAAUGUGCCUGGACAGUUUGCCUACUUCAGCACACGCCAUAACAUGGUGAAGGACAUCACGGUGGUGAACACAAACUACACCGACUAUGCUUUGGUUCUCAAGCACAAGGUUUUUCACAGAGAGUACACACAGGUGGCACUUUAUGCUCGCUCUCCGAGGCCGCCACGGAAUGAGGUCAUCCAGAAAUUUAAAACCUUCGCUUUGUCCCAAGGUUUCCCCAGAGAGUCCAUCUUGACUCCCCCAGCAGCAGAGAAUUGCCCACCAUCAGGAUCUACACGUUAGGUUUAAUCCUUUACCAAAGAUGAACGUGGAAGCGUGGGUCCUGAUGUGCUCCUUCAGCUCAAAGUUUUUUACUAUAAAGUAUUAUUGUCACAAAGAUCAUAAAUACAAUACAUGAUAUUCCUGUGUUUUCAACCUUCUUCUGUGUUGACUUACUGAAAUAAACAAUACUUACCUCCA